AUGACUCGCGUCAUCUCUAAGGCAUUAGUUGAACAAAUUUACACACCAGAAGAAGCCAUUAAAGGCUGCUUCAAGGCUUUCUCCAUUAUCUCCCACCAGAAGUUCACAGCUCCAGUUAGAACAACUUUGAAGACAGAUCAGCAAGAUCUUCUCCUUAUGCCAUGCGCCGUCCAUGAAGAGAAGAUGACAGACCUUGCUGUCAAGAUCCUCUCUGUUGUUCCAGGCAAUAGAGCUCGUGGAUUACCACUUAUCCCAGGCAAAUGCUUAGUUUACGAUAACGAAACAGGCAACCUCGAUGCCAUCAUGGACGGAUUCAUGGUCACAUUCAAGCGCACAGGCGCUGUUGCUGGUGCUACAGCUCAGCUCCUUCACCCAGCUCCAGCUCCAAAUGUUGUUAUCUUCGGCUGCGGCGCUCAGGGCUAUGCUGGUCUCGAAUCCAUCCUCACAGCCCACCCAGAAGUCAAGCAGGUCACAUGCUUCGACUUCUACAAGCCAGCUGCUGAAUCAUACGUUAAGAAGCAGUCCGAAACAGACAAGACACGUACAUAUAUCCUCGGUGAAGAUGUCGAGAAGGCUGUUAGAGAGGCAGACAUCAUCCACUGCGCCACAACAUCCAAGGAAGCCCUCUUCAAGGGUGAAUGGGUUAAGGAAGGCGCACAUAUCUCUGCUAUUGGCGCCUACAAGCUCGAUAUGCGUGAACUCCCGAACGAGCUCUUAGCUAGACCAAACGUUCGCGUCUUUAUCGACCAAUUCGAAGCUAUGCGCGAAGAAGCUGGAGAUAUCAUGGAUGCUAUUAACAAUGGCUUCAUCAAGGAAGAGCAGCUCAUGGAGUUUGGCACUGUUAUCAACGGUGACAACGAGGGCCGCCAGAAUGAGAAGCAGAUUACCAUCGCUAAGAUGGUUGGUGUCGCCGCUCAGGACACUGUUGCUUCCCAAAUCAUCUACGAAAUCGCUAAGGAAAAGAAUCUUGGCGUUGUCGUUGAAAUUUAA